AUGAAGCUAUUCAAUAGCAUGGUUUUUGUCCUCUUCAACAUUUUAUUGCUUUCAAAAAUUAUUGGCUCAAUGUCUGUCAAUCCUAAUAGUUUGAACGAGAAAAAAGAUUGUUGUGAGCAGGGAGAGGGUAAUGGUGGAGAUAUGGGUGGAGGUGGUGGGUCAAAUUUUGGUACUGGCUCAAGAGGAGGUGCUGCGGGAUCUGGAGGAAAGGAUAAUGAUUAUCAAGGCGAACCUGGUGAUGGAGGUGAUGACAAUUGUGAUGAUGGUGGGGAUAGUGGAGCAAGGAAUGGUUUUAGGCGUGGUUCAAAAGGGGUAGGAAGCAGAGGUGGAGGAGGAGGCGGCGGUGGUGGUGGCGGCAGCGGAGGUGGAUAUGGUGGAGGUUUUGGCUAUGGAGGUGGGAGGGACAAUGGAGGAGGAGGUGGCGGCGGUGGUGGAGGAGGAUUCGGUUGGGGAGGUGAUCAUGGGCGUUAA